AGUCCAAGUUACCCUCGACUAACACAGCUGUCAUUUUAAGCAAAAAUUUAGUAUUCUCGAUUUUAGCUCAACAUUUAGACAACAACUUUGAAAAAAUAAAAGCAAAAAAAUAUCACAAAAUUUCGGUUUUUAAAUUUUUAAUCGUCGGAACAUAGUACAGCAGUCGCAAUGAAGUUCUAUCCGGAUGCAGAUGUCUGGUUCUGUGUGGACAAGCCCAGCUGUCUGAACAGCUACCAGAAGUAUCCACCCAACCACAGCUGGAAGAUCCGGGAUCAGACGACCUCGCGGAACAUGUACUAUUGGCGCGACAUUGAGGGCGUGAAGAAAACGGAGAUCAAGCUCAAGGAUCUGUACUUCACCAACUGGCCCAAGAGCCGCAUCCGUCCACAGGCCUGCCUGGGAUUGCUCUAUGCCACGGGCAACCGCUUCAUCCGACUCACAAAGGCACCACCAUCGGGCUUCAAGUGUGCUCCACUGCCCGUCAAUCUGGCCACCGCCCGAAUUGUUAAGGUUCUGCUGCGCAAGAAGGCCAAGCGCGAAAAACUGGCAGCUAAGAAGGCUAAGAAGGAAGCGAAGAAGGCCAAGAAGGCGGCCAAGAAGGGCAAAGGAAAGGGCGGCAAGAACGAUGUGAAGCCUAAGGUCAUUCGAACCUAUGAAGACGCCGAAAAAGCUUAAUGAAAACAUAUUAUAUUUAAAUAUUUAA